AUGGAGCAUGAUGAACAUGAGCAUAUUCAGUACCUGCGCGAGAUGUGCAUGUGGGGAAAUGACGGAUUUCCAGAAGAACAGUGCUCUCCAUUCGCCACGAGCAUCUCAACUUCAAGAGCGUAUCAGGACUUUGAAAUCAACAUGCUUGGUCAAGCUUUCAGGAACUCUUUGUUCCUCUAUAUCCUCGCUCUUUUCUCCCUCGUGAUUGACGGGAAACCGCUACUCGAGAAGAGAGCUACUCAGGUUUCGCUCAUUAGCUAUACCUACACAAAUGGCGUUCUUGCUGGAUCUAUUAAUAUUCAAAAUAUCGCAUACACCAAAGUCGUCACAGUUGUCUAUGCCGUUGGCAGCUCAUGGACCUCUACCCAGGUGAUCUCCGCGUCUUACUCUGCAGCCGGUAGCAGUGGUUACGAGACCUGGACCUUUUCGGGAACCGCGACAGGGGCUACCCAGUUCUAUAUCAAAUAUGACGUUAGCGGUAGCAGCUACUACGACCCUGGAAACUCGAUCAACUAUACGAUCAGCACCGCGUCUGCGACCUCCAGCACCAGCUCCACAACUGCAGUAGCUUCCUCCUCCACCACAACCACCGCAGCACCGGUCGUGACCAGCUCUUCUUCCACUACCGCCGCGGGAAGCUCUGCCACCACCACCGUCCCCGUUGGCACCGGCGCCGUCUCUCCAUCCCAGCCACCUGCCAUCACCCUCAGCUCCGUUCCUAGCGAAGCCGCUCCAACUUCGCCUUCAGGCUGCGGAAACUGGAACGGCCUUGAUAGCUGCUCCGGAGACAGCGUUUACACUAUCGCCGACUCUUCAGAGAACCGCCGCUGGCAGACUCCCCCUGAGGGCGAUUCCACAUACGUUUCUACUUUCCAGAACUACAGGGACUUGGUUGGAUAUGCUGAUAUCCAGUACAACUCCGGUCGCACUGCUGCUGUGGUUGUCGUCAACGCUGCGAGCAGGACAGGAGAGACCCUGACCUAUAACUUCGGUGGUAACUCGCAGUCCAGCAAUUCCUUCCAGGUUUCUUCUUCUCUUACAUCUACUCUUGCUAUCACCGUCACUUCCGCCAGUGGAAAGAAGCUCGUGCUUGAGCCGUUGAACUUCAUCUGGCAGAAUGCGGCACUGACCGCUGCAUUGAGCACCUUCAGCAACGGACAAAAGGGUGGUAUUGUUGAGUUGUUUGGAUGGCCAUACAAUGAUAUUGCGUCUGAGUGUUCGUUCCUUGGAAAGGCUGGGUACAUGGGUGUCAAGAUUUGGCCCCCCACUGAACACGUCUGGGGAAGCAACUACUACGAGACGGAUAACCAGUUCAGGCCGUGGUACUUUGUUUACCAGCCUGUUUCGUACAGAUUGCACUCUAGAAUGGGAACCAGGGCUGAGUUGAGAGCUAUGAUUCAGGCGUGUAGAACCGCAGGUGUCAGAGUUUACGCCGAUGCUGUGGCGAACCACAUGGUUGGUCAGGGAACUGACAUGCAGAACCACAGAGUUAGUGACUGCAACUUGUACAGCGGCCACAACGCCACUGAUGGCUCCCCAUACUUCACUUCUGGAAACACCUUCCUCAUCAACCCCUUCACCAGCACCCGCCCCACUUUCGAGUUCCCCUCUGUUCCUUACGGUCCCACCGAUUUCCACUGCGAGCGAUCCCUCAGCUCCUGGACCGACGGCAACAUCAUUACCAAGGGAUGGCUUGUUGGUCUCACUGAUUUGAACACCGAGAAGCCAUACGUCCAGGACCGUAUUGCAACCUAUCUUGUCGACCUCAUGUCAAUCGGUUUCUCCGGUUUCCGUAUGGAUGCCGCUAAGCACAUUGGUCCCGCCUCUACAGCCGUAAUCCUCGGCCUUGUCAGGAAAAAACUCGGAGGCUCUAUGCCAGCUGAUUGGAUCACCUGGUUGGAGGUUAUUCUCGGAGGAGAGGCUUCACUCUUGGCUUGUGAUGGCGGAGAGUGGUCGUGGUACACUAACUUUGAUACCAAGUUGAAGGCCGCUGGUCUCAGCGAUGCCGAGGUCGCAAAGGUCAAGAUCUGGAGUUCCGAUUACCCCAAGGAGAUGCCCAUCUGUGGCUCGUGGAUUAUCCCCGCCUCCAGAUUCGCGAUCCAGAAUGAUGACCAUGACCAGCAGAAUGCCGGCUCCUCAUCCCGUGACAUGCAAGACAAGGGCUCCGUCCUCAUCAAGGACAAGGACGCCGCCAAGCACCGCGCCUUCGAGGUCCAGCUCUUCUCCCGCACCGACGCUGACUGGCAGAUCAAGCUCGUCCUCUCCUCAUACAUGUUCAUGGACAACGGCGCCGCCGGCUUCCCCGACGGUCUCUCUGACUGCUCCUUGUACACUGGCUCCCAGAGCACCUCCGGAUGCUUGGGUGUGCCAAAGGAUACCGCCUAUGUGGCUAACGCCUGCUCGUACACUUUGACCGCUGGAAAAUACACCAGAGUGCACAGAGAUAUUGCGAUUAUCAACGCCAUGAGGGCUUGGGUUGGGUUGGGCAGCACCACUGCUGCGGCUUUGGGCACUUGUUAG